GGGCUCUCAAAUCAUACAUCUAGACUCCCCAUUAACCCACAAAAUGACAAAAAUAUCAGUUCCUUUUCCCGUUUUUAAAAGCGUUUCUUCUGUCAUGGAUACUUGCUCUUGGGCUGAAACGUGAAGCACCACCUGAGAAGCCCGUUAACUUGUUGCAUUCCGAUUGUCACAGUCUUUCCACCUGCUUCCACUAUAGUCUCAAUCUAGUUCUUCACCUUGAUUAAGAAAUGGUGCCAAAAGUUCAUGCUGGCCAGGAAAUGGCAAUGGUUGAGAAUGAGAAUUGUAGAAUCAAUGGGAACUGGAAGAAACGUGUGCAAGUUUUUGGUGAAAGAGUGAGGAGAUUUCCUUGCUUGGCUUGGCAUACUACGUGGAAAGUGGGACGUGAAGAUCCAAGAAGGUUGAUCCAUGCAUUCAAAGUGGGUUUGUCUUUGACUCUUGUUUCUUUGUUGUAUUUGUCGGAGCCACUUUUCAAAGGGAUUGGACAAAGUGCAAUUUGGGCUGUCAUGACCGUGGUGGUAGUGCUCGAGUUCACCGCAGGGGCAACUUUAUGCAAAGGGCUCAACAGAGGAUUGGGAACACUGUUAGCAGGAUUAUUGGCAUUUCUUGUUGGUUAUGUUGCACAUGCAUCUGGCCGAGUCUUUCAAGCUAUUAUCAUUGGAGCUGCAGUUUUUCUUGUAGGAGCUAUAGCUACUUAUAUGAGGUUCAUUCCCUAUAUAAAGAAAAACUAUGACUAUGGUCUAGUUAUAUUUCUCUUGACUUUCAACCUGAUUACUGUGUCGAGCUACCGGGUUGACAAUUUCUUGAAGAUUGCACACGACCGCGUAUACACCAUAGCCAUAGGCUGUGCUAUUUGCCUUCUGAUGAGUCUACUCAUAUUUCCAAAUUGGUCAGGAGAAGACCUUCAUAUUUGCACGGUUUACAAGCUUGAAGGCCUUGCCAAAUCUAUAGAAGCUUGUGUGAAUGAAUACUUCUACGGAGAAAUUGAAGGAUCUGUAGAUAUGAAACUGUCAGAGGAUCCAAUAUACAAAGGUUAUAAAGCUGUUUUGGAUUCAAAAUCCACUGAUGAAACACUGGCAUUACAUGCAAGUUGGGAGCCGAGGCAUUCUAGGUACUGUCACAGAUUUCCAUGGCAACAGUACGUAAAAGUUGGAGCUGUUCUUCGUCAAUUUGGGUAUACUGUGGUUGCACUGCACGGCUGUUUGAGAACAGAAAUUCAGACACCAAGAUCUGUAAGAGCCAUGUUCAAGGACCCCUGCAUCAGGCUUGCAGCAGAGGUGUCCAAAGUACUGAUAGAACUUUCAAACAGCAUAAGGAAUCGCCGCCAUUGCUCUCCAGAAAUACUCUCUGACCAUCUUCAUGAAGCCCUUCAGGACCUCAACACUGCCAUCAAAUCUCAACCUCGCCUCUUCUUAGGCCUCAAACACAAGCACAACCAAGCCACCAACAUGCUCAAAAUAGCUGCACAACAAGUUGGCCAAGAAAGACAUGCAAAAUCAUCCCUUUCAACAGUUAAAACUGACUCUUCAGCAUUGCUUGAAUGGAAAACCAAAAGGACUUCCACUGAACAGUCAAAAGAAACAGAACGCAAGUCUUUAAGGCCACAGUUGAGCAAAAUUGCAAUCACUAGUCUUGAGUUCUCUGAGGCUCUUCCUUUUGCUGCUUUUGCAUCUUUGCUUGUGGAAACUGUAGCCAAACUGGACCUUGUCAUUGAGGAAGUUGAAGAACUUGGGAGAUUGGCAUGCUUUAAAGAGUUCAGACCUGAUGAUGAGAUUGUUGUGACUUGCGAGGAGCCCCGAGUUGAUGUGUUACAGAACCAUUUACCUUUCCUUGGAGCAGUGGACUAAUUAACAGACAGAGAGAGAGUCCUUAGAUAGUGCAUUAUUUCAUGGAUAUGGAUAAUCUGUUAUUUGACGAAUGAUGAUGAUGAAUAUUAAAUAUAAUUAUGUUUUGAACUUUUGAUCUACUGUUAGUUGGAAUAACUCUUAGGAUGAUCAUAUAUUUCAGGUUAUAAAAUGCAUAGAUACAUUCAAUGUUAAGACUGUUGAUGGACUCAACUAUGGGAACAUAGAUGUCUUUAUGCAAUACCCCUAUUGAUUAUAGAACAUCCUUCGCGGCUUGUUCUCUAAUAUGCUGCUAGGGCCCCACAAUUUUGUGACUUACAGCAAGCAAAAUCUAUAUUUGGAUUGCCUUACGAUGAUGGGUUAGUGUCUCUUUCUGGUGAUGAGUCCAGUUUACUAUGGAAGAAAUAUAUAUUUUUUCAAGUC